AAUUGCUGAACCCACACUCAACACCACAAAAGGCGGCAUUCAAAAAUCCAUGGAGUGUGAAGAGACGCAGUAGGAUCCAGACUGUGGUGCCCCCUUUAUUGGCUUGUUGUGAGGGCUGUCUCUCCUUAUUACUUGCUAGGUUAUACCGGUAUUGAUUGUUUUGGGUUGCUUUGCUUUGCUUUGCUUUGCUUUGAUUCGAUUCAAUUCAAUCAUUCCUUCGACGGGCGCACCAAUUGCUUUCCAUGUCAUCACAAACGAAUCGUGAUCUCGCUACCCCAUCAAGGUGUUUCCGUUGAAAGAACCAAGAACAACACAACCGACAAUGGAUCACGCGAUCCAAAGUCGCUCGGAACUGUUGCCGCCACAACAUCGAUCCGUAGCCAAGGCUGCUGUGAGCGGAUGUACGCCGUUGGACGAAGAGACGCCUGAAGAUUUGACUUCCUCACAAGGAGGACCCACAGCGCCUUUCCAGCCAUUAGAGAUAGCAGAAGAACACUCUUCCGAACGAGACACCAUGAGCUUUGUUCCCAAUAUGAGUCCUUCGGCUGUUGCUGCCUCGGAGGCUUCCAGGAAGCGCAGAUUGCGACAAAGGUGGCCUUCUUUCUCAUUGGAAGUGUCGACAACAGCGGAUAUCGCAAACACGUCAUUUAUGUUUGCGGACCAACUGCAAACUCAAGAAGACAAUCUACGAGAGACUGGCCUAUCUCCUGGAAAGGGAGGCCGUCGAGUUCCAAUUAAUAUUCUCAAAUUGCCAUGGCAGCAUCCAUUCAGAAACCAUGAGAGCAACAGCAACCCAUACAAGAUCCCUAGAGCCCUGUUUGCGGCUAUUUUCUUGACGACGACUCUGGCUUUGUUUUCUGCUUGGGACGCCCAGAAUCACUGUAUAUCCAACGAAACAGAUGCCCUGAUGGCUCUCCUUGGAGGGGGCGACGACGGGUACUCUGGAGACAAUGCCAGCCAAGAAAACUACGACGACCAGGGAACUGAUGACGAUGUCUACGCCAGCGAGAUGUUACUUGUAACAGCAACCUGCAAGGAAAUGUUUCGACAAGUCAUGGUUCCUGUGGGGCUCAUUACUGGGGCUGGGUCAUUGUUGGCGCUCGGGAUAUUGCGCCAGCACCAAAGGUCAUACGGGAAGAUGAGAGAUGGAGCAAAAGUCCCUCUCAUGGCACAGAGCCCCCCGUGCUUCUACUCAUUCUACCUUCCUCUAUUGUUCGUCUCCGGCUUGAUUCUGGCCGCCUGGACUGUUGGGAUCGUCCUUGUGAUGCUACGUCCACGGUCCAAUGAUAGCGACAAUCCCUACACCAGCUUGGCUGCCGUUGAUGCAAUGGGAAGGGUUGGCGACAACGCAAAUCUCUACUACCUUUCUUGGAUAUCUGAACUUCUCGCUAUGUUGAUUUUCUACCUAUUGGGAGGCGCAUUUGUGAGGCAACACUGGCUUCCCAUGAUUACAGCCCCCGCCGCCGGCACAAUGUCGGCAGCACCACCCGUAACUUCCAAUCCAAGCACCGUGUCGGCCGCAUCCUCCGCAUUUCUGCACAUCCAAAAACAUGCCCUGGCUGGUUCACACAUGAUCAGCACAAAAGGAUCCAUGGACAAUUCCUUGUUACAGUUUUCUUCCGUCUCCUCCAUGCCAGGGGCGAUUCCAGCUACAACGCAGCGAUACCACUCGUCAAGAAUCAAAUGGUACCAAACAUUCUACAAGCUACGAGUCCGCACUGGAAUCUGGGUAGCAGCCUUGUUUUGUAGUUUGGUGAUUGUGGCAAGUUCAGCACAUUUGUUCCACGAAGUUUUGCUACCUGCUGCGCUAAGCCUGUAUGACGAUGAUGACUAUUUGUCAACCAAUGAUCGAAUCAGCUGGUGGAACGUUGUGGAAGAGAAUAAAGCCUACGGACGAGUUUGUGUCGUCCUGGCGAACCAAGACAGCAAUCUAUCGGAAGCACUGUGCAAACGAACUUUCUUCUCGCUUUUGUCGGGGUUUGUGGCUGUAAUACUUUGUGGUACCGCAAUCGUUCUCCACUUACUGGCACGGCGAAGUGCGGCUGCUGACGCCUUGUAUGUGGAAGCAUGUGGAGGUGUCUACCACGAACUGGCCCUUGAAAUGAUGGUCACAAAGAAUCACCACUUUCCACUGAGAACCGAACUGUUGCUGAGCGUCGUACUGAGUCUGUGGUUGGGCUGGAACGCGCUUUGCGUGAGCUCGAUCCAUGGGCCUGCAUCCCGCGUUGGCAACCUGUAUUAUGGAAGUUGGCUCUGCUUCUUGCUCUGCCUGCGAAUUAGUCUCGGGUGCGUCGAAGAGUACUUCAAUAUCGACAACGACGAGGGCGGCAAUCAUGAGCAAAAACACAAUUCGCGACGAUACAGCAGACAGCCGUCGUACAGAGCGCCAAGUCUUGCACGCGAAACAGAAGGAGAAACCAACCCAGCAAGUGCAUCCGACAAUGGCAACGGAGCAAAAUCCCAUCGGCAAACAAAUCAGCAGGGACAAAAUGACGAGUCUAAAGAUGCACUUGAAAAGGAAAGGGCCAGUCGCCUGAGGAGGUACUUUUUCCUGUUUGCCUUUUCAACUGUUUGUGCUGGAUCGGCGAUUGAUGCAGCAGCAAACCAAGGAUUCGCCUUGAGCCUCUCGGAGAAAUAUAUGAUUUUGGCCCCGACAACGGUGGCUCUUGUCUCCGCUGCGAUGUUCUUGCUUUGUCUUUUCAAGGAGUCUUACGCCAUUGUAUCACGGUUUUGGUGUGGAGGUGUUCUUUCUCUGGUGUGUUUUGAAGUGUGGCUGCUCGAUCUCGUCCUGACCAUGCACUCGAAAGACUCUUGGGCAGUGAAUGGUGUUGGAGAGAUUGAAAUGGCAAAUUUGUACUACUUCUCGUGGGCAUCUAUCAUUACUGCAGGGAUUCAAAUGACAUCUUAUUUUCAGGAAGCGUUGGGAUUGGAGUCAGAAGACUACAUGUCAGUUGUUUGGGCUGCAAUUGGGAAAGUAUGCUUUGUCAUCCUGGGUGCAGCUCUUCAUAUUUGGCAUUCUAUUUCAGACCAAUGCGAUAUUGAAUUUCGGAACUCGGCCCUGACGUUUUGUUCAAGGACAGUGCUUGCUAUGAUUAUUGCGGCAACGGGCAUCACUAUCAGUGGAACUGUGGUUUUCAUUCGAGUCCUGGUCCCUACAAGAUUCCUCUCUACCAGGUCUAGGGCUCAUUGUGAGGCCGUGACAUCCAUCUUUCUAAUGCUUCUUUAUGGCGUUGGAACAGCAAUGGUCACUGGAAUUGGCAGCCCGGGGCAAAGUGUUGGUGAUUUGUACUACAGUACGUGGCUGGCAUUUAUUGUCUCGAUUGGUAUCUUUAUCAGUUGCUACGAUCAAAUCAAGGUGGCAGAGUUGGAGGCGAAAGAAUCAGAGUCCAUGCGGGAGAGCUUCUCAACUGAUGGGGUUUUGGCGUAGAGCUCUCGGGCGUAUAAACUGACUGGCCGCAAACAGGAAAUGAUCCAAGAACGACAAUACAUUACGUAAGAGGCAUACCGUAGGUGCAAGAGCUCAACGCUUUGGAGGUUUUGAGUUACACCAAGGCACCUUACAUGUACUCGUAUCAGGAGGGAAGCGCAGAUGGUCUUUCGUUAGAACGGUAAUACUAGGCAGCAAAUUAUGUGGAU